AUGGACGUGCCAGAGCAAGGCGCUGAAAAGCAGGCGGCGUCUCCCGUGCCCAACACAGUGGAAGCGAUGAGUGACUCAGAAAAGGAAGAUAUUCCACUCUCUGCCAAGUCUAUGUCUGCGACCAAUGCGGCAGGCGGUACGUUUGGAUUGGGCCUCGAUCAGUUUGAAUUGCCGAAGGCGUCGAUCGCCAAGGUGGCACGUAGCGAGAUCCCAGAGUCUGUGCAGUUGCGUAAGGAUACCAUCACUGCGCUUGUCAAGUCUGCCUCUGUAUUUGUGAGCUAUUUGACUGCGGCAUCGCAUGAUGUGGCCAUCGCGCGCGGCAACAAGACGAUCUCUGCAGCCCAUGUCCUGGAUGCUAUGCGGGAAUUGGAUUUCCCUCCUGCGAUGCGCAAAGAGCUUCGCGAACAAUUGGAAGCCUACCGUGACCUCCAGAAGAAGAGCGCAGCUGCUCGCGCUGAAGCAGCUGCCCAAAGCCGGGAGCGUGCGAAGGCAGCCCGAGCUGCUGCGGCUGCGGCUGCUGCGGCAGCAGAUGCAGAAGCGGAGGCAGGUGGUACGGAGGGCGCAGAGCCUAUGCAAACAGAUGAGACGGGCAACACCUACGAGCCUACCUCAGCAACAGACGACCAUGUCGUUGUCAAGGAGCUUCCAGAAGCGAACGCGGAUGCUGCGCCUUGA